AUGGCCUCAGACGGCGAUUGGUCGACGUCCUCGAACGACGCGCUGCUCCUGUCGCUCGUAUCCCCUUCUCCAGCGGGAGCUAAGACUAUGGGCGACAGCUUCCGCCCAAAAUUUACCUACCCCAUUUUUGGCGACAGCGAGGAAAUAUUCGGCUACCAGAACCUCAAGGUCAGCCUCCGGUACAAUGCGAGCGAUAUGCGACCGAACUUGUCCAUCACAUACGGCAAAAAGUUCGACGCCAUAGGAGAUACGGAGGCGACUGAUAUCGACGGUAUUCUACGCGAGUUUCUUCCCGACGUUGCGUUCCAGAAGAAGAAGGAUUUUGAGACAGCGAUCAAGGACCUCCGGAAAAACUGGACCCCUCCCGGAAAGCUUGCAACGACGUUCGACGUGAAGGGCAAGACAUUUGAGAUUUGGAAGGGGAACAUCGCGGACCCCGCCGUCAGGCAGUUAAUCAGCCGCAUCCAGAUCCUCGUUCCGCUAUUCAUCGAAGGUGGGAGCGCGAUUGAUCUGGACGACCCCGAUGCCGACCGGUGGACCGUUUUCUUUCUGUACCAGAAGAGUACAGCCUCGAGCGAUGCCGACAGCAACCCUUACGUCUUUGCGGGUUACUCCACCGUAUACCGUUUCUUCCACUUCCGGCCGCUUACACCUCCCCAGUCCCCUUCAGAGGCCGACGUAGAGAAAGCGACCCUUGCCCAAGACUUCGACCUGUCCGAACUCCCCUGUCGCAACAGAAUCUCUCAAUUCAUUGUCCUCCCUCCCUUCCAAGGCAAGGGGUUAGGUCCUAGACUAUACAGUCAUAUUUUUGGGGAGUACAUCAAGCAUCCGCAAACGACGGAAAUUACAGUUGAGGACCCAAACGAGGCCUUUGACGAUUUGCGCGACAUUGCCGACCUGCAGUACCUGCGCCAGCUACCCGACUUCCAAAAUCUCGGCAUCAACACAGACAUCGACAUCCCCAAAGUCGGCGCCGCGCCGAACAACAUCGUCGAUAAGGCGGCAUGCGAGGCCGUGCGUAUUAAAGCCAAAAUGGCCCCCCGCCAGUUCGCGCGGGUUCUUGAGAUGCACCUCAUGUCCAAGCUCCCGGAGCCCGUUCGGCCUGGGAUUUCCCCAGAGAAGUCGGCUCCCAAUGCAACCAAGGAGCAGAAGCACGAGUACCGCCUGUGGAGGCUGAUGCUCAAGAAGAGGAUAUACAGGCACAACAAGGACGCGCUGGGCGAGCUUGAGAUUCCCGAGCGCAUCUCCAAGCUGGAGGAGACGGUGUCGAGUGUUGAAUUUGACUAUGCGCGGCUCCUAGCCAGGGCAGACGAGCAGCAGCAGCGCCUUGCGGAGGAGCAGCCCAAGGAGGCGGCGGCGGCGGCGACUGCGAAUGGAUCGUCGGCAAACGGGAAGCGCAAGGCGGCGGAUGGCGGCGAGGAGCCGGCCAGCAAGAAGGCGAGGGUUGAGGAUGAAUGA